AUGUCGCUUGGGGGAGCUUUUCGCUCAUUCUGGCAUUCUAUGACCAGCUAUGACCGACAUUCAACGUACGAUUCCCCUCAUCGAACAGGCCGCCAUGUACCUCUCGAUAGACAGAACACGCUCACAUCGGUCGCCACCGCCUCCGAAUCCCGAGCCGAUAUCACAUCUCCGUACGUCGAUGAACUCGGUCGGUUAUCUUCUGGCAUGGAUGGCUCGAGUUAUUCCGGUGCUGGGCUCCCAGCAAACUCGCCUAUGUCUCCUGGCUCAAACGGACCAUACUCUCCCGGAUUAAGAUCCCUCAACGCUCAGCGCCAGGGCUCCAAGGACGACGGAUUUGAAACGGUUAGUAGCCCGGGUGAAAUUCCGAUGCAGUCAUUUGUGGACGGUGGACCACCGGCACCUCCAGUACACCAUUCUUGGAGACGGAUUGAUAAAUGGGCGGAGGAAAACUACCCAGAGCUGUUCGACCAAUUAUGUGAGGGAUGCACCAACAACGAUCUGAACGAGCUGGAGCAUCAGUUGGAUUGCACACUCCCCCAGGACGUUAGAGACUCCCUAACAAUCCAUGAUGGACAAGAGCGUGGCGGCAUCCCGACAGGUAUUAUUUUCGGCUCUAUGUUACUCGACUGCGAGGAAAUGGUUCAAGAAUGGGAUCAGUGGAGGAAGGUCAACCAGCAAUACCUGCUUGAUAUGACUGUCGUGAAACCCGCCGUACCAUCCAAGGCAUUUGGAGGCAGUAACCAGGCUUCGUCCUCUAAAUCGGUUCCCGGCUCGCCCAGCUCCCACGGUUCCCAUAAGGAGUCGUGGAGACAAGAGCUUCAGGCUCGUCAAGAUUCCGUUCCCCAAGGUGCUGUGCAACGCGCGUACGCGCAUCCCGGCUGGAUUCCUCUCGUGCGGGACUGGGGCGGAAACAACCUUGCAGUAGACCUUGCGCCAGGCCCCACGGGCAUUUGGGGUCAAAUUAUCCUUUUCGGCCGAGAUUAUGACACCAAGUAUGUUGUCGCAAAGUCUUGGGCAGCAUUCCUUGCAAUAGUCGCCGACGAUUUGAACAGCGGCAAAUGGUUUGUCGACGAGGAUACUAAUGAGCUCAAGCUGCGCGAGUUUAAGACGACUCGCGUUGAGCCAUCCUACUUCGAUAUUCUAAGAUGGAGGAUGGAUCAGAAACAUGGACGUGGCGCAAAAGCAGCUGCGAAACGCAGAUCUAUGGCCCCGAACGGUGCCGCAACUUCCCCUGGAGGUUCACCUUACGCCAGCCCGACCGACGUCAAUGGAGAACCUCGUGGCCGUACAUUGCAAAGGCUUAGCAGUCCGUCGCCUUUAGCCAGCCCUAACCGACCUGGCUUCGGAAAGCCGAGUCCCCUUGCACGAGUUACUGAGGAGGCAUCGCUCCCGAUUCCCGAUUCUAAGUUGGAAACCAACGGCGUGAAGCAACCUAAGCUCGUGGAGGUGGAGACCCCUCGGCCUAGCGAUGAGGUUAAGGAGCCCACAACCGUAGCUGAGGCUAAAGGCAAGGACGUGGUGCCCCCCAAGGCUACGGUAACAGAUGCCGACGAAAAAGAAGAAUUGGAGGAGGGAAUGAAGACCAUCGAGAUUUGA